AUGCGUGAAGUUCUAGACUGUUUAAAGGAUUUAAAUGAGAAUUAUAAAGAUAUUAAGAUUAUUGACAUUGACGAUAACUAUCUGAAACCAGCAAUAAUGAGUCAAAUUCAUUCAGUAGAAACAACAGAAGAUCACAGAAACACAGAAGAUCCUAAAAAUGCUACGUAUAUUUUCUUUUUGCAAUAUCUUAACGAUUUAAAGAAAGCUUAUUCUGGGAUUUGUAUCGCUCUUCGACAACAAUUUCCGGGUAAACAGCGUGUAACAGCAGGUCAGGUAACAAAUGAUGACAGUUUUAAAGGCUUAAUAAGGAGUGAUAUGGUGUUCAGACCAGAUCCAAAAAAAGAAUGGUAUAUGACUGUUUUUUGA